AUGCCGCGGGGCGUGCGCAAGGAGGAGGGCAUGCAAGAUGCAGACUACGUGCCCGGCCAGGACGCGCCCGUCGCCCAGAUGGACACGCCGCGGGGCAAGGGCGUGAAGCGGGAGGACAAUGGCGCCCCCCAAGCGUCCCCAGACGUCAACAUCACGGUGCACUUUCCCGUCGCGCGGAUAAAGCGCAUCAUGCAGGCCGACGACGACGUUGGCAAGGUCGCGCAGGUCACGCCUGUUGUUGUUUCAAAAGCACUCGAGCUCUUCAUGGUCUCCCUCGUCACCAAGUCCGCCGCCGAGGCCAAGGCGCGCAACUCCAAGCGCGUCGGCGCCGUCCACCUCAAGCAAGCCAUCGCCAACGACCCGCAGUUCGACUUCCUCAGCGACAUCGUGGCCAAGGUCGCCGACGCGCCUGCAGCCGCAGACAAGAGCGAGGACGCCAUGGACGUGGACGGCGGCAAGAAGAAAAAAGCGUCCAGCAGGCGCAAGAAGAAGAGUGACGAUGACGACUUUUGA